AUGUCGCUCACAAUAAAUAUUCGUUCUCUAAUUAAUAGAGUAAUUUUCUCAGAAAUUAGAUGUAAUAAGCGAUUUUACUCUGAUCAAUCAGAUGAACCUGGUGAAGAUGAGCAAAAACCAAUUGACCCAACAAAAGAUAGAACAAAAAUUAUUCCUGUAGAGACCAGUAUACGGUAUUUACAAAGUAAAGCAUAUAAACAGACCUACGGAGAAAAUCCUGUUUGGUUUCUAUAUAGACGUAAUCAUUUGGGUGGUUUUGCUCCAAAGAAAACUAGAAGAACUUGCGUUCGAAAUGGGAUUAUAUCAACAGGAAAUCCCUGUCCUAUAUGUCGAGACGAAUAUCUUGUUUUAGAUCCCAGAAAUACUAAAUUGCUAGAGCAAUUUAUAUCUGAAUAUACUGGACAGAUACUUGAUGCUUUUAAAACUGGAUUGUGUCAAAAAAAACAUAAAGAACUGUUGGUUGCAAUUGAAAGGGCCUGGGAUCAAGGUUUCUUGACUUAUGAUGUACCAUUCAGGGAAUAUGAUUAUACUCUUUAUAAUAAGAAUGCAAUU